AUGGCUAAACUAAUUAUUAACGGUAAGGCCCCAGUGGUUGCUUACGCGGAAUUGAUUGCUGCCCGUGUUGUGAACACAGUUAAUCCAGAAAGUAUCAAUGUUGAAUUUGUCGACGAUAAGAAAGCUGCUCCAGCUGUCUUGGAUGGUGAAUCCGAGGGUGUUUUCAUGAAAAUUAUCGAAGCUUUCCCAAAGAUCUUCACCGAGGGAACCUCCGAAGAGAUUGCCGCUUGGGUUAAAACUGCCUCUAGCGACUAUGUUAUCAAGAACUUCCAAAAACUAUCUGGUUCUUUGGAAAAAUUAGAUGCUGUCCUGAACUUGAGAACUUACAUUUUGGGUGGCUUGAAGUACUCUGCUGCUGAUAUUGCUUGUUGGGGUGCUUUGAGAUCCAAUGGUAUGGUCGGUUCUAUUAUCAAGAACAAGGUCGAUGUCAACGUUUCUCGUUGGUACACCUUAUUGGAGACCGAUCUUGCCUUUGGCGGUGCCCACGAGUUCUUGACAAAAUCUAUGCAGGACUUGAAGAAGGCUUCAAACGUUGGUAAGAAGAAAGAGGGUCACAAGGCUAACUUCGAAAUUGAUUUGCCAGAUGCCAAGAUCGGUGAAGUGGUCACCCGUUUUCCACCAGAGCCUUCUGGAUACUUGCACAUUGGUCAUGCUAAAGCUGCCCUUUUGAACCAGUACUUUGCCAAAGAAUACAAGGGUAAGUUGAUCAUCAGAUUUGAUGACACUAACCCUUCAAAAGAGAAGGAAGAGUUUCAGGACUCCAUCAUCGAAGAUCUGAAGCUGCUAGGAAUUGAGGGUGAUAGACUAACUUUUUCUUCCGAUUACUUCCAGGAAAUGUAUGAUUUAUGUGUUAAGAUGAUCAAGGAAGGUAAAGCUUAUUGUGAUGACACCGUUACCGAAAAGAUGAGAGAAGAACGUAUGGAUGGUAUUGCCUCUGCAAGAAGAGACCGCCCUGUUGAAGAAAACUUGAGAAUUUUCACCAAAGAAAUGAAGAACGGUACUGAGGAAGGUUUGAAGAACUGUGUUCGUGCGAAGAUUGACUAUCAGGCAGCCAACAAGACCCUAAGAGAUCCAGUCAUUUACAGAUGUAACUUGACUCCUCAUCACCGUACUGGAACCACUAAGACAUACCCAACUUACGACUUCUGUGUUCCUGUCGUCGAUGCUAUCGAGGGUGUUACUCACGCUCUGCGUACAAUUGAAUACAGAGACCGUAAUGCUCAAUACGACUGGAUGCUAAAUGCGAUGAAUUUGAGAAAGGUCCAUAUCUGGGAUUUCGCUCGUGUUAACUUCGUCAGAACCUUGCUAUCCAAGAGAAAGUUGCAAUGGAUGGUGGACAAGAACUUGGUCUCAAACUGGGACGAUCCAAGAUUCCCAACCGUCAGAGGUGUCAGAAGAAGAGGUAUGACUGUCGAAGGUUUGAGAAACUUUGUUCUGUCUCAAGGUCCUUCUAGAAAUGUUAUCAACCUAGAGUGGAACUUGAUCUGGGCUUUCAACAAAAAGGUCAUUGACCCUGUUGCUCCAAGACUCACCGCAGUCGUUAACCCAGUCAAGCUACAUUUAGACGGUGAAGAUGCCCCACAAUCUCCAAAGACUGAGAUGAAGCCUAAGCACAAGAAGAAUCCAGAUGUCGGUGAGAAGAAGGUCAUCUUUUACAAGGAUGUCGUCAUUGACAAGGAUGAUGCCGACGUACUCGAAGAUAACGAGGAAGUGACUUUGAUGGACUGGGGUAACGUCAUCAUCACCAAGAAGAACGCUGACGGAUCAUUGGAAGGUAAAUUGAACUUGGACGGUGACUUCAAGAAAACUAAGCACAAGUUGACUUGGUUGGCCGACACCGAGGAUGUCGCACCAGUCGAUCUUGUCGAUUUCGACCACCUCAUCAGUAAGGAUAAAUUGGAAGAGGAUGAAAGCUUUGAGGAUUUCUUGACACCUGAGACUGAAUUUCACACUUCUGCCAUCGCUGAUCUAAACGUUAAAGAUCUAAAGGUCGGCGAUAUCAUUCAAUUUGAGAGAAAGGGUUACUACCGUUUGGACGCCCUAGCCAAGGACGGUAAGCCAUAUGUCUUCUUCACCAUCCCAGAUGGUAAGUCUGUUAACAGAUACGGUGCCAAGAAAUGA